UGAACCGCGAGUUGGCGUGAGUUCUCCACAGCAAAACCCAAUAUUAUUCUCGAAUGGCGUUGCCUAAGGUUCCUUCGCCCAGGCAGCAGGCCCUACAGCAGCAGCAACAGCCUGUGACCUUGUACUCUAGGGGGGCGUUGCCGAACGUGAGUCCGACUUCGUCGCCGCGGACGCCGUCGCCACCGAAACCCAGACUUGAAGAAGUGAGACCGCCCCCAUCGCCCAACACCAGCAGUCAACCGCAACUGCCAUCUCAAAACCACGUCGCUCGUCCGUGUCCAGUCAAUCAACAGCGCACCAUGCGACCAGAAGACUUCCGCGGCAUGGCGAUAAAAGAAGACGGCGAGAAGGCAGCCCAUCGUUCAUUUGUGCGCCAACUCGUCGACGGCAGUAUGCGGAUACCAGUGCGCAAUCCCCGCCGUGGGGACUACGAUAUCAUGCAAGUGUCGAUCGAUGCACACCUAACGCUGCUGACGUGGUCCCCGUUGCUGUCUUCCCCGGACGCCCGUCAAGCAAGUUCUGCGCAAACUCUAGAGCUCGAGGAUGUCGUGUCCAUUGUGCCAUGGACCCACAAAAUGCCCACGAAGAAGCCGUCCGCGGCGGAAUUGGAAAUGGCGUCCAAGGGCGGGUGCUGGUACUUUGGUGUGUGUGUGGCCUACACAAAGCAGCAACGCCCCCAGCAACUCAUGUUGCUCUGCCACAACGCCGCGGAACAAGAGCAACUCGUAUUGAGUUUUCGCACGUUGAUUCGAAAUGCCAAGCAACGCCGGAGCUCGUUGCAGCUGGCGGACGCUGCGCGGCUCACGCCUGGAAUGACCGCAUCGCACAUGACACCCACGCAACCUGCCAUGCCGUCGCACCACAUUCCGUUGCUAGUGCGCCGUUGAAAAGACUUCGAGCGGGCGACAUCAUCGCACUCAUGAUGGAAUACAGAGUAUAUGGACCAUUUGAUUUGUAGGAGACGCUAACGUAGAUGGCCAGUUUAUGGUG